AUGGGCUCGCUGAGCAUUCGCUUACAACCCGGAGAAAAAAAGUCACUUAGAAUUCAUCAUCCAAAGAACCGAAAAAUUGUUCAGCUGCAGAAUCCUUUCGAUGCCUCAAUGCCAUGCCACAGAAGGAAGCACGAGGGCUGGGAUACUGCCAGGUUGUCCAGACCUAGACAGGAGAAUAAGAAAGGCAGAGGUCCUGUUCGAACCAUGGACCUUCCGAUCACCGCCAUGCCAUCCAGAGGAAGCACGAGGGCUGGGAUACUGCCCGGUUGCCCAAGCCUAGACAGGGGAAGUCGAGUGGCAGAGGUCGGGCUCGAACCACGAACCUUCCGAUCAGUAAAUUCGCGCUCUAACCACUUGGGCCAUCUCGCCCCACCCCUGGCCAUACACUGCCCACCUCACGGUCGCUUACCUUGGGCAAGGGGUUAUGCGAGGCAGACGGGUUUCCGAAAUGGGGAGUACAUGUUCCAACCAUGUUCCUAA